GAACUUAAGUUGGGACUUAAAGCACGUCAAAAGUUCCCUAAUUUCCCCUAUAUUCAUUGUGGUCGCAUAGUAGCCAGUGGCACUAUUGCUAUAACCUAAACUAUGCUUUCAAGAUCCUUGAAAAGAGCUGGGGCGGUCCCUUGGAUGCGGCCAGUCCUUUCUUGUACCUGCCGCCGCUCUCUAGCACAUGUCGCUAAUUUGGAAGACAUAACUUCUGAGGAUGAUAAACCGUUUAGUGUUCCGAUACCAGAAGAUAGCUUCGAUACGUAUCAUUUAGACCCUCCUCCGUAUUCAGUUGAAACAACCAAGAGGGAACUCAAACAGUUAUACCAUGAUAUGACAUUGAUAAGGUUUACUUGAUCUCUCUGGUCUCUUUUCCCUUUCGGGCCGAGCAAUAUCGUUGACUCUUCGCAGGCGUAUGGAGCUUGCAGCGGACGGAUUAUAUAAAGACAGGAAAAUCCGCGGUUUUUGCCAUUUAUCUACUGGACAGGAGGCAGUCGCUGUCGGUAUUGAGCAUGCACUUACUAGGCAUGACAAACUAAUAACAGCAUACCGUUCCCAUGGGUUUACCUUGAUGCGUGGAGGGACUGUGAAAUCUAUCGUUGGGGAAUUGCUUGGACGAAGAGAUGGCAUCUCCUAUGGUAAAGGUGGCUCUAUGCACAUGUUCUGCGAGAGCUUCUUUGGGGGAAAUGGGAUUGUCGGAGCCAGCGUCCCAGUAGGUGCUGGAAUCGCGUUCGCUCAACAAUACAACAAUGCAAAUAAUGUCACCAUCGAUCUCUAUGGUGAUGGAGCAGCCAAUCAAGGCCAAGUUCACGAAUCUUUCAAUAUGGCUAAGCUGUGGAAUCUACCUGUGAUAUUUGGCUGUGAGAACAAUAAAUACGGCAUGGGAACCUCUGUUGAAAGAGCCUCUGCCAUGACCGAGUACUACAAGCGUGGCCAGUACAUCCCGGGACUACGAAUCAACGGAAUGGACGUCCUUGCUGUCCUUUCCGCAGUCAGAUAUGGCAAAAAUUUCGUCCAAGCAGGAAAUGGACCCCUAGUCUAUGAGUACCUGACAUAUCGAUAUGCGGGUCACUCAAUGUCAGACCCAGGAAUUGCAUAUCGAAGCCGUGAAGAAUUGAAAGAGCAGCGUGCGAAUGACCCAAUCUCUACCUUCAAAGAGAGGUUGAUUGAGUGGGGUGUAUUCUCGGAGGAGGACGCCAAAACAAUUGAUAAAAAUGUACGAAGCAAAGUCAACAAUGAAGUGGCCGAGGCUGAAAGGAUGCCUGAGCCCGAGACGAAACUUGACAUUUUGUUUGAGGAUACAUAUGUUCGUGGUAGUGAGCCGCAGCAACGCCGAGGAAGGACCAUCGAUGAAACUUAUUAUCGGGGCUAGGCGAAGAAUUUAGCAUUUAAUAC